AUGUUCUUAGCUCUAGAGAAAAAUUGUAAUAUCGAUUAUGAGUGUCUUGAUAUGAUCGUUAAAUUAGCAGACAAGUUGCGAAGAAAAUUUUGUAAAUCAAUUGAACAAAAAAAUAUCAAAAAUGAUUUAAGAAUUCUAAAAAAAGGCUAUUACAUUUUUGAAAGAGUAACGCCGUUACUUCAGCAAGAGUACAAUCGAGGAGUUGCUAAUAUGAUUAUAAAGUAUUUUAAUAUUUAUGCUAAUAAAGAAAAUAGAAGUGAAUACGAGAAAUUACUCAAAUUAAAAUUUCCUCUGACUGUGACAAUAAUUAAGAAUAAUACGC